GCGAGCAGCUCAGUGGUCAUAUGACAGCUGCAGAGAGCCCGGCUGCAGGACUGUCUCUUAGCUGUCUGUCUCCACUUGGACCAGAAGCCACUCUCUUCAUCCUCUGUGAUCAACAGUCUGUGUCAGCUCCUGUCUCUUUAAGACCCCCUCCUGACCAGUCCGGUCCGCUCUGAUUGGAAAAUGUCUGUGGUGAGGCUGGAGGAGUGUCGAGAGCAGAUUCGUAAAGAAUUGGACAAUGCAAUGGACUUCUGGCUCAAAUACUCUCAUGACACCACACAUGGAGGCUUCUUCACCUGUCUCGGGAGGGAUGGGAAGGUUUAUGAUGAGCUGAAGUAUGUAUGGUUGCAGGGCAGACAGGUGUGGAUGUAUUGUCGUCUGUACAGAACCAUGGAUCGCUUUCGCAAGCCUGAAAUCCUGGAAGCUGCAAAAGCUGGAGGAGCAUUCCUGAGAAAGUUUGCUCGUGUGUCCAGUGGCAGCAGUGGCCAGUGGAAGUGUGCCUUCUGCUUAACCAGAGAAGGUAAAGCAGUCAAAAUCCAGAGGACAAUAUUCAGUGAGUGUUUCUACGUCAUGGCCAUGGAUGAACUGAGCAGGGUCACUGGUGACAAGGACAUGCAGCUGGAGGCUGAACAGAUGAUGGAGCAGUUGAUCUACUGGGUCCAGGUGGACUCGUCAGGCCUGGGCCAGCCCCAGCUCCCUGGAAAUGUUCCAACCAACAGCAUGGCAGUUCCCAUGAUGCUGCUGUGUCUGGUGCGACAGCUGACUGAAGGCCGCAGUCCGGAGGUUGUUCACAAGUACAGAGAGCUGGCCAGCUGGUGUGUUCAGCAGAUUCUACAACAUGUCCAGAGAGACGGCACAGCUAUUUUGGAGAACGUGUCAGUGGAGGGAGCAGAGCUGCCGGGUUGCCAGGGCCGAGUGCAGAACCCGGGCCAUGCCCUGGAAGCAGGCUGGUUCCUGCUUCAGUUCAGUGCAGAGCGGGAGGACGAGGAGCUCCAGAGGACCGCCAUCAGCAAGUUUGUGGAGCUGCCUUAUCAGUGCGGCUGGGACAGAGAGCACGGCGGCCUCUUUUCCUUCCUGGAUGUAGAUGGUCAUCCCCCCAUGCAGCUGGAAUGGAGCAUGAAGAUGUGGUGGCCCCACUGUGAGGCCCUGGUGGCCUUCCUCAUGGCCUACAGUCAAACCAAGAAGCCUGAGCUGCUGGAGAGAUUCUUUCAAGUUUCUGAGUACACCUUUAAGCAUUUUCCUGAUGCCCAGAGCGGUGAGUGGUUCGGCUAUUUGACACAAGAAGGGAAAGUUGCACUGGAUUUAAAGGGAGGGGUCUUCAAAGGGUGCUUCCACGUGCCGCGCUGCCUGUACAUGUGUGAGCGUAUUCUGGAUGAUCUGCUGGCAAACAAGGACUGAGCAUUCUGACAUGAAUGUAGUAAUAAUGGAAUUGAAUCUGAUUUGUCUGAUCACUAAAUCAAACCACAAUAAUCAGGUUAUAAAGCAAAUUGCACUCAUUUUUAACAAUGUAAUGCUGUGAAGUCUGUUGUUUCAUCUCACCACAGACAUCCAGUCACUGAGACAAUUCAAUUUUAGAUAUCCAGAAUGUUCAUUCUGGAUAUCUAAAAUGACAUUGUGGAUAUGUAAAAUUGAAAGCCCCACUACACAUGAAUAACAAACGUGACGUCAUUUGUCCUGGGAAGAAUGACGUUGUGGAUAAGAAGGAAUGUCACUGUGCAUAUAUGAAAUGUUCAUUUU